AUGGCUAAUCGUCAAUACUUUUACUUCUAUGCACCGACAUGGGACUUCCCUCCGGACGGUCCCAUCAAGCUGGGCAACGUUAUCACGUCAGUAAAGCGACCUGAACGCGCUAUGUACCGUGCUCCCCCACCAGAUGAUUCCGACGUAUUCUCGACACAAAAAAAAGACGUUGUAUAUACCGAAGAAAAGCUGAAGGGCGGAAAAUUCUCUGUCUUGACCAAGUUCUUAAGUAUCUUGGGCUUUGGUGUCAAUGCCAGCGCCGAAGUUGACGCGAGUACCAUGGCAACAUUCUCCUUCAAGACCAUCGAAACCACACAAUUUAUCCCAACACCGGCAUAUCUCCAAAAAUGCGUCGAAAACGAAAAUGCUCGCCGCUUCCUACAGAUGUCCAGAUACCGCAAGCCUCUCUACAUAAUCACCGGACGUAAAGUCGUCACUGGUGCCCAAGCCAAUACUCUCAAGUCUCGCACCGUCGGGGCCAUUCUCGCUGCCGAAGUGGACAGCACGGUAGCCAGCGGCAGCACUAUAUCGAUAGGUGGUGGCCCAGGAAUCGAGGGCAGGAUGGAAAAUAAGACCAGCAUGAAAUGGACGGGAGGCAGUGACUUUGUGUUUGCGUUUCGCGUGAGCAAGGUGUUCGUCCACAAGGCUACAGAGCAGGUGGCAAGCGAGGACGAGUAUCAUAAGGGCGCUAUGCUCGGUAUCGAGGAAGAGGCCGAGGUCAGCGGUCCUGAGUUGCGUAUCUUAAAGGUCGAGGACCCAGAUGCAGAAACUGAAAGAUUUGACGCGGAGGAUUUGAAAGAGGAUGAAGACACGGUACUUUGUGCGAUAUUGCGUAGAACUGAUGAUGACUAG